CAUACCUACGUUUGAUAAUCGUUAUUUUAAAAACGAUAAGUGUUUUUAAUGACCCUAAAAAUAGCCGGCAAUAAAAGUAACUCCUAUAUGCCAAAAAUUCGCGGAAAAAUUUCCAAGCGACGAAAAUAAAGUCAAAUCUGGUUAAAACCGGAGCUUCCUAAGUCGCCGCAAGAAAAACAAGUGGGACGAAAAGUCUUAUUUUUAGUCUAAUUCCUCUAGAAUUACAUCCAUGGCAAAUUUCAUGUCAAACCAAGUCAAUUAUUUGAGACUUAACUUUAUCAGCUGGUUACAGAAGCAUUGGGGGCAAAGAAGCCACGCAAGUUUAAGCCAAUUAAAGUUUGCCGAGUGUGACAAGUGAAAAGCUGCUGGAUUGAGAUGUUUUCAGCGAGUUCAUUAUGAAAAGCACUCAUUUACACAACAAAAACUAGCUAUAAUUAGAUUCUAUUCAUUUUAUUUGCACUGAAGCGACUUCUUUGCGGAAAUUUAUUUGAUUUGACGAAGGAUUGAGUCGCAUUUUACACCCCCAAAGACACAAAAUGCGCAAGACGGACGCAAUAAACAGCGCGAAGAUGCAGUCGAGGUUUGUUUGCUAAAGGGUGAAUCCAUCAAGUGGCCGAAACAUGUGAAAAAUGGGCACGGAAAAACUGCACGAGUACGAGGGUUUCGUGGGCCGACUGCACACCCUCAGAGACCACGUCAAGGACAGGUGGAACACCUGGAAGGACGAAAAUCCAGGAGUGUUCCAAAGACAUGAAAAAACACCGCCUGGAGUCGUCUACGAGGACUAUUCGCAUAUCUACAGGCGCAAAACCCGGACCGAAUUGAUACGUAUUUCAGCAGCUGUAAUGGGGAUUGAAUUCUCGUAUUCAGCGGAAACUGCUUUCGUUUCGCCCACUUUAUUGAAAAUCGGCGUUGAGCACAAACAUAUGACCCUAGUCUGGGCGCUAUCUCCCCUUAUUGGAUUCUUCCUAACUCCGAUUUUAGGGUCAUUGAGUGAUCGGUGCCAUUUAAAUGCCGGGCGUAGAAGACCGUUUAUUUUCGUCAUGUCUGUUGGGGUUCUCCUGGGGCUUUUGCUAGUCCCUAAUGGAGAGUUGCUGGGGUACGUGGCAGGCGACCCCAAACCCUCAGACUCUCACUACAACAACUCGCACCCUUGGGGGGUGUUUUUCACGGUUUUGGGGACGGUUUUACUCGAUUUUGAUGCAGAUGCGUGCCAAAGCCCAGCAAGGGCGUAUUUAUUGGACGUUACCGUUCCUGAGGACCAUGCCCGUGGCUUGAGCACUUUUACCGUCAUGGCGGGACUAGGGGGGUUCCUGGGUUAUGCCCUAGGAGGCAUAAACUGGGACGCGACCCUUAUAGGGAGAUUACUAGGAGGUCAUGUGCGGGCCGUUUUCACCCUAACUACCCUAAUUUUCAUCGUUUGUGUCUCCUACACUAUCACAAGUUUUAAGGAAAUGCCUUUGAGACUCCUGGAAUUGCGAGGAACCUUAGACGAGUCAGACGAAAUUAGGACAACAGGGCCCAGUUAUGGCAGCCUGGAAGUGGACGAGGAACAAGUCUCUGGGCCAGUUUUUCUCGCAAGUUUUGACAAUUUCUUUCAGGAAAAUUCAAGCCAGUACGUUUCAAUUAACGGGGAACAGCCCCAAUCGCGGAAAAGCAUAGUCCCGGCCCCUAACGCCUCCUUACUGAUUUACCUCAAAAGUAUAGUCUAUAUGCCAAAGUCGUUGAAAAUAUUAUGUCUGACGAAUCUUUUCUGCUGGAUGGCGCACGUGUGCUACUCCCUGUAUUUCACGGACUUCGUAGGCGAGGCCGUUUUCGGAGGAAAUCCAACAGUUAAGUCUCGAAUUUUGUGCUUUUGUACCAAACUGUACGAAAGUGGGGUCAGGUUUGGUUGUUGGGGCAUGUCAAUGUAUUCGUUAUCAUGCGCUUGCUACUCUUUGAUAAUCGAGAGGUUGAUUAAAAAUUUCGGGGCCAGGAAGGUCUACGUCGGGGGGCUUUUGGUCUAUUCGAGCGGAAUGUUUCUAAUGGCUUUGACCAAACACAAAGUUGGGGUUAUUGUAUUUAGCUGGACUGCUGGUGUCAUGUAUUCGACUCUUUUCACCAUGCCGUACCUCCUAGUCGCCCAUUACCACGCUAGCGGAACGUUUGAGAGAGUUGAGGACGGCAAGGAAGUCGCUCAACAGAUCCGAGGCCUCGGAACCGACGUUGCAAUAGUCUCAAGUAUGGUGUUCCUCGCUCAGUUUAUCUUAUCAGUGUGCAUGGGUUACAUCGUCAAUGCCGUGGGCACGACCACCGCUGUGGUGGUCGUCGCCAGCAGCUUGGCGUUCUGUGGCGCUAUCACUGCAACCCAAGUCGUCUAUUUGGACCUUUGAGCUAUUUUUAAUAAAUGCAUGAUUGUGUCCUCGCCACAUUUUGGCAAAUAUUCGUGUUUUGAUGUGUCCAAUAGACGUGACUUUGAAACGGCAAAUAAAAUAUGAAUGUUGUAAAAAUGUAAAA